AUGCAAUUCUCAAUUUCAUUCUUUGCUUUAGCUUUAGCUUCAUUAGUCGUUGCUGACUCAGAAACCAUUGGUUUAUUAACCAUCAGAUCUGGUACUCAAUACCAUUUAUCCCCAAUUGCUGCUAAAGAUGGUGCUAUCACUGAUGCCGGUGAAUUCAAAUUCACUGAUGGUACUUAUGCCAAAGUUAACUCAGAUGGUUCAAUCUCAGUUUCAUCAUCAGAAGGUUCAAAACCAUUCUCAAUUAAAAGUGGUUACUUUGCUUACAAAGAUUCUCAAGCUUUCAACAUUGAUGCUUCAAACAGAGAUUUAAUCGCUGGUAAUGGUGCUAACCCAGUUGCCUUACGUGCUACUUUGAAGAACGGUCAAGAAGCUUCAGAUUUCACCCCAUCUGGUUCUUCAUCAUCUGGUUCUUCAUCAUCUGGUUCUUCAUCAUCAAACUCCACUUCUUCAUCAAGUGCUGCUCCAACUUUCGCUACUCAAACUGAAAACGGUGCUGCUGCUUUACAAGCCGGUUUAGGUGGUUUAGCUGCUGCUGCUGCUGUUUUAUUGAUCUAG